AUGUCCCAACAGUACGCGCUGCAGGAGGCGAAGGGAGACGCGGUUUGCUUCGUACCUGGCUCUCCUCUCUUCUCUGUGCUGAUGGAGCCGGCGUCCUUCUGCUACCCCAGGCUCACCUUCCUGCGCUCUCCCUAUGGCCAGUUUGGGGCCAGUGCUGGCUCUUCCCAGGAUUUGGCGCCGUGGCCGCAGCAUUUGGUGCAGCAGAGGUGGAGCAGGCCGGUGGAUGAGUCUCCACCAGCAGCGAUGUCAAGGAAUGGAUACUUCUUUGAAGAGAGUGGGUACCUCAAGUGUGACACGGACGAUGCGAAGGAGGAGGUGGUGAACGAGGAGCUCUUCGACGGCGUCAACUCCACCAUCGUGUCCGCGGACAGCAUCCGCUUCUUUGUCAACGUCAACCUUGAGGGCACUCCCAGCGCCGCCACUGAAAGUGAAGGUGCUGGCUGCGUGUUACUGCACACAUCAAGGAAGUACCUGAAAUUAAAGAAUUUUGAGGAGGAGGUGAGAGCCCAGAGAGACCUGGAUGGUUUCUUGGCCAGAGCCAGCAUCAUCCUGGAUGAAACAGCCACGUCCUUGGACGAUGUUCUCCGGGAGAUGCUGAGACAUUUCGCCGAGGAUCCUGAGAACAUGGAGCCCAGCUGCAACUUCGAAAAAAUCAUGAACACUUUAUUCACAGAUUCAGGGACCCCACGGGAAGGGAACGUUCACCUCUUAUCAGACACAAUUCAAGGGGUCACAGCCACAGUCACUGGGGUGCAGUAUCAGCAGUCCUGGCUCUGUAUCAUUUGCACUAUAAAGUCCCUUCAGCGACGUCACGUUUGCAUCAGCCGCCUGGAGAGGCCUCAGAACUGGGGGGAGAACUCCUGUGAAGUCAGAUUUGUCAUACUGGUCCUGGCUCCUCCCAAAAUGAAAAGCACCAAAACGGCCACAGAAGUGGGCAGGACCUUUGCCACGAUGUUUUCAGACAUAACCUUCCGGCAGAAGCUUCUGGAAACCAAAACUGAGGAGGAGUUCAAGGAGGCCUUGGUGUACCAACGCCACUUGCUGACGGUGGCCAAUCAGAGACCCUCAGGAAGGAAAGAUGGGCGCAAGUCACACGGUAGCAAACACCUCAAGCUGCACGACUUUCUCAGUAUUGGCAAGGGGAUUUCUGAUGACAUUGCACGAAGAUUCCCAGUGUACGCGCUGGAUUUCACCGAUGGUAUUAUUGGGAGCAACAAAGCUAUAGGGAAAUACAUCACAACCAUGAUCUUUCUGUACUUUGCCUGCCUCCUUCCAGCCAUUGCUUUUGGGUCCCUCAAUGAUGAAAAUACCCGAGGAGCUAUUGAUGUGCGGAAGACGAUUUUCGGGCAGUGCAUUGGAGGGCUGCUCUACGCCCUCUUCUCAGGGCAGCCCCUGGUGGUGCUGCUGACCACAGCUCCCUUGGCCAUCUACAUCAGUGUCAUCCAAGGAAUCUGUGACGACUACAACUUGGAUUUCAAUGCUUUCUAUGCCUGGAUUGGACUCUGGAACAGCUUUUUCCUUGUGAUCUACUCCCUCUUUAAUGUCAGCCUCCUGAUGAAGCUCUUUAAAAGGUCAACAGAAGAAAUAAUUGCACUUUUUAUAUCCAUCACAUUUGUGCUUGAUGCCAUCAAAGGCAUUAUUAAAGUUUUUAAGACAUAUUACCGCAAUGACCAGGCAGGAGGUGGAAAACCAAGGGCUGAUGCUAUCCCAGGCCUUGGCAUCAACACCAGCUUCUUGAUGAACUCCUCAGUGGGCGAGAACCAGACUUGCACUCAGGAUGGGCACCACUACGGGCGCGAGACCGCUGUCCUCAGCCUCAUGCUGAUGUUGGGAACCCUCUGGCUCGGCCACACCCUCUAUCAGUUCAAGAAAAGCCCAUAUUUGCACGCGAGGGUACGUGAAAUUCUGUCCGACUGUGCCUUACCCAUUUCAGUCUUGACCUUCUCUAUUGUGGGUUCCUUUAUCUUCAAUGAAAUUGAAAUGUCCAAAUUUAACUACAACGCCUCUGACAGCUUGUUUGUGCUGGCCCCUGUGCAGUCCCUGUCCAUUGGGUCAGUGAUGAGUGCCAUGGGGCUGGGAUUUCUCCUCUCCAUGCUCUUCUUCAUCGAGCAGAACAUCGUCGCGUCGCUCACCAACGCCCCAGAGAACAGGUUGGUGAAGGGCACAGCCUACCACUGGGACCUGCUGCUGGUGGCACUGAUCAACACGGGGCUCUCGGUUUUCGGCCUGCCCUGGAUCCACGCGGCCUUCCCGCAUUCCCCCAUGCACGUCCGGGCCCUGGCCUACGUGGAGGAGAGAGUGGAGAGUGGACAUAUCUAUGAGACGAUUGUGAGUGUGAAGGAGACACGGCUGACAAGUCUGAUGGCCAAUUUCCUGGUGGGGCUGUCGCUGCUGCUGCUGCCGUUCCCCCUGCAGUGGAUCCCAAAGCCGGUGCUCUUCGGCCUCUUCCUCUACAUCGCCCUCACCUCCAUCGAUGGCAACCAGCUCUUUGAGAGGGUGGCUCUGCUGCUCAAGGAACAGACUGCUUAUCCUCCGACCCAUUACAUCCGCAGAGUUCCCCAGAGGAAGAUCCACUACUUCACAGGCCUGCAGGUCCUGCAGCUCCUCAUCCUCUGUGGCUUUGGAAUGUCACCCCUGCCUUACAUGAAGAUGAUCUUCCCCCUCAUCAUGAUAGGGAUGAUCCCCAUCAGGUACAACCUGCUCCCCAAGAUCAUCGAGGCCAAGUACCUGGAUGCCAUGGAUGCAGAGUACUGAGUGUCCCCAGCCUGCAGAGCAGCAGAGACAGCCCUGGGGGCCAGCCAAGGCCUGGGACCAUCCCUGCAGCUUCCUUUCACCACUUUCUUCGUGCUCUGACGUUGGCAAUGCACUCCUGUCACAGCUCCACGGGGCCUGUGCCAGACCAAGGGAGCCUUGAACUGAGAGGACGCUGCUCUCUGGAGCUGUCAGGCCAAGGAGCUUUAUGGAAAACGCUUCUUUCCACAUCCCCAAAGCACACCAACCCCAAAGAUCAGCCUGGCUGCACGGUUGGAGCAUCCAGAGUUGGCCUGUGUUCCCUUGUUUGAGGAUGGGGGGGAUUUUUUAAUGCACCACAUUCUUUUCUUCCCCAACACUAAGAACAGACCCUUGUUUUAUAGAAUGACAGCCCUGGCCUGGCCUUUGAAAUUCCAAUUCCCUGUGCAUCCAGUGUUCCCAAAUUGGUGUUCUGGGUGGGAUGGCCUCGUGCUAAACCACUGAUGGCAGCAGAGAUGGUUUUCUCACAUUCAUGGGUUUGGAAGCACUUGCAAUGUGUACUGCUACAACCCACAGCUUUGGAUGAAUUUUGAAUCCCAGCAAAUGAGCUGGGAACAUUCAGAGGCUGGGCUGGAAUGGCCCUGUGGGUGAAACCCCUGUUGGGUUUGAGCUGUUUGGGCAUUAGUUUGGAUCUCUCUCCCAUUUCUCCUGGGUAAUCAAACACAGAAUUGUAGGUUUUUGCACAACUGCAGCAUUUUUUGCUUGCAUCCAGAGGGCAGUUGUGUGGAGGUUGCAUAUAUACAUAUGUACAGUAGUGCCUAUGUGUACAUAUAUACAUAUGGAGUUGUGUAUAUAUUUUGCAUAGAUAUACAAAUAGGCCUGGUUCUUUCCAAAUUCACAAAGUGUUUUGUGCACUCAGUGUUACCCACCAUGUCCUGACCAUAUACUUGUUCUCUCUGCUUCAGUGCUGCUUUUUCUCAUUUUGAGAUAUGGUCACUUUUAUUCCUUUGGAAGCUGCUCAGUUACUGGUUCUGUUCAUGUGUUGCUUUCCUCAAGGUGUUUUGUUUGCUUUCUCUUUCCUGUGGCUUGAGACCUUCAUCAUUCUGUCUCGAGGCUCCACCAUGUGAAUUUUUCAUUUAAUUUUGAUGUACAGAAUGCAAUGAAAGUUUUCCUCUUUUCACCUAAUCAAUAUUUGUUGGUCAUUUCAUUGUUUCUGUUGUGUAGCUGAUUUCCAGUUUCCCUCCCCCUGCCCCUCCCAGAUGUUAUAUUAUAUUUCUGGAUGAAUCUUAACUUCUGCUGUCUUUUAUAUUUCAGUUUAUUUAAUUUUGCUUGUACUAUGGUCAGUUUUCUUAUUUGGAGUACUGUGAAACAAAGCUGCCCUUUAGUUCAGUGCUUGGCACAUCACAGGUCACAGCUAAAAAUGUUCAGAAAAUUGUGGACCUCGGUGAUGAACUUUCAAAAGAGUAGAAAUGAGGGAAGAGGAAGAAUGUAAAAUAUGAAUUUAUCAGCACAGAGAAGUGUGUCUCACCAGUUGCUUGCCCAGUAAAUGAUGCAGAGUUUUUUCCUCCCACCCCAACAUGGUGAGGGAGACCAACCCAGCCAUGAGGGAGGAAGGCUUUGGGUGCAAAGCUCCUGUGCUGAUGCUGAACCAGGCUCAAGCCACUGCAGAUUUGGUGUAUUUGCACUAAAGAUCAGAAGGUAUUUAAUCUUUGUGGAGCUGCCCACGGCUCUCAAACACGUGUGCAGAACUAAUUUUUGCAUUUUCUUACUAAACCCUUUGUAUUGAGACUCUGGAGGAGAGCAGUGAGAGUUCCUAUACCCAUGAUUUUAUAUCCCUGGGGGAAUUGUAGGGGAAACCCCUCAGCUUAGCAGGCAAAACAAUGUCACAGACAGCAAAACCACGACUUUCAUGUGGCAUCAGGAUGAUGUGAGAAUUCUCAGGGUCAGGGUGACCACCCCAGUGCAUCAGAGCAGGGAAUUUGGCUUUCAGCAGCCUCAGGGGCAGCUCCCGCAUGUCUGACAAGAGCAGGUACAAACCCAAACGUGGUUUCUGACCAUUUUCCCCAAGAUUCCCUGGCUUUUGAGUCAAUUCUGUGGCAGGGUCACUCAGAGCUGUUAGCAAGGGCUGCGUGCAGGAACGGGGGCAGGCAGGAUCUCAGAGGUGGCACGGCUCUGUCUGAUCUUCAGUCAACAGCAAAAGGGCAGGUGACAGGCAGCAGUUCAGGACCUGCUGGGAGCCAGGCAGUGCAGAGGCUGCUGAGGCUGAAAUAACAUGUUUUUCCCACAGAUGUCAAAAGAUUGAAGCAAAGCUGCAAUCAGAGGUGUCAUCCUCUGGCUGAGUGAAGCUGUAACACACACGUGACCCGUGGGUGAAUUCCUGGUGUCUCCACAGGAAAAAGUCCCCUUGGGGGGUGGUUUGAGGGGUAUUUUGAGUGCUGUGGCUGGAGGAAGGACAG